CUGGAUCCAAACACAGCACACAGAUACCUCCAUCUGUCUGAGGGGAACAGGAGGGUGGAGAGGAGACGUGAGGUCCAGUCAUAUCCUGAUCAUCCAGAGAGAUUUGAUUAUUAUCAGCAGGUGCUGUGUAGAGAGGGUGUGUCUGGACGCUGCUACUGGGAGGUUGAGUGGAGUGGGCAGUGGGGGGUUGAUAUAUCAGUCUCAUAUAAAAGCAUCAGCAGGAGAGGAAGGGGUAAUAAGUGUGGGUUUGGAUGUAAUGAUCAGUCCUGGAGUCUGACCCUCCUCCGCAGCUGCUCCUCUUUCGGUCACAAUAAUAAACACACUGAACUCCCUCUAGUGGCCAGCUCCAGAAUAGGAGUGUAUGUGGAUCACAGGGCAGGAACUCUGGCCUUCUACAGCAUCUCUGACACAAUGACCCUGCUGCACAGAGUCCAGACCACAUUUACUCAUACACUCUACCCUGGGUUUAUGCUUUAUGGUUCUGGAUCAUCAGUGAAGCUGCUGUGA